AUGUCGGCUGCGGAUGUUGACGUCGUCUCUAACAAGAACGAGUCACCCUACCCUCCUCUCAAUCGGGAACAUAGACUGACGUUCCCGCCUUUCCCGCCAGUACCAGAGGGCGUGCAGAUCGUGCCCUUCAAGGAAUUCAAGGCCGAGGGCAUACGCGUCGACCCUGGGCCUGAUGACGAGGAGGUCGACACGUACGGAAUCCCGACUGUCAUGAUUAAGGUCAAGCACGGCAACGACGAGUGCAAGACGAACACGAAGAGGAAACGCGCGGUCGAGGCUAAGAAGGCGCGCAAGAAGGGUCUAGCCGCGUCGAGGGUCUGGUGGGAACAGUGGGAGGACGCGGAGAAGUUGAAGUUUGUCACUGGGCUCAAUCCGGCUGCUUCUCGCUUUGAAAGGAUUCAAGCUGCUUGCGUCGAAUUCACGAAGGACCAUGUAUGGCCGAUCACUUUUGCCUCUGAGACGGGGCCAACGUUCAUUUGGGAAAAGUUCCAGCGUUACAUCGGCAUUCCCGAGUCAGACAUCCUGGGGCAGGAAAAGUCAAAGAAGGCAAAGAAGAAAGCUGCGCGUCGCGAUGAUGAGAUGUCUGACGUUGACGAUGGGGACAAUGAGGAGAUCCCGCCUGCAGCGGAUAGUGCAGUCGCAAGUACUACCCAGGCAGAUACCUUUGCCCCGAAGAAAAAGAUCAUAUCGAACGAGGAGAAGCUCACCACCUUCCUCGACGAACCGGAGAAGUCGAUUAAAAUCUUCCUAUCUUCGUAUGCUCAAGCGAAAGGGUACAUAUGGGCGGAUGCGAAUCUCGACUGCCUACCGCGCGUCAUAAGAUUCUUCGUCGAAUACCUCCUGCGCAGCAAAGUCCUCCCGGAUUGUGAACAAUCCCUCCGACGUUCCCUAGACUCCAUCAACGCUGGUCUCAUCGAAAUACCUAACUGCUCCGCCAUUGCGAAGGUCAUGCCUGACAAAUUCAGCCUCGGAUGCCAGACCUUUUGGGGCCGAAAGGCCGACGGUUACUCCGUUGUCGAGACCGGCUUGCCGACUGAGUGGGACCUGAUUGCCUCGAGGAUUGAGGAGGUGGAGCCGCAGACGAAGAAACAGAAGACGGAGGAAGAUAAACCUAAACCCUCGCUUACGUGGGCCCCAUCCUGGGGUCAAACGGGUGACGCGCCUUGGGCCGCGUCUGCGGAAGGCUUGGACGGCUGGGGCCAGCCGAUCGACACCAGUUUAGUAGAAGAAGCCGCCAGCGACGUCGUCGACGAUUCUGCGUGGGACAUGACUUCAUAUCCCCUCAUAGGACCUGCCAACCUUUCUUCCACCCAUGCACCUGGCAUCGUCGAGCGCUCUAUGCGAGUUAUCAAGUCCAUCAUUCCCGUCGGCCCGCCACCACCUGCCCCCUCUCAAGGCGCUUCGGCAGAGCCAGAUGUCGCCGCCGUCGAAGCUGAGUUGGAGCACAAAUUCGUCCGAGUGCUUCUCAGCCCAAUGAUCGAUUGGGAUGGGGGCGAGUCGCCUGCCCUCAGGCGGCCUACCAUCUUGAAGACCUCCAACGGGCCCGUCAUAGAAGAGGGUGUCGAGGCUCCAGCAGCUCCAGAGGGCGGUGCCAAACUCCAUGACCCUCUCAACAGCGACAUCACGCUGCUCAUUGAGAACAUUCCCGAGCAAGUCCAGCUCUUGCGUGAAGGUAUGGGAAUUGGUGGUACGUGGGUCCAGUUGGCGCGUAAGGUCGAGCCGCCCAAGAAGAAAAAGGGUAAGGGCAAGUCGAAGAAGACCAGCUAUUGGUACCUGGAUGAGUUUACGUUUAUCACUCCGAGCUUCUGGACCGUCGCCGAUGAGGACGCUUGA